AGGUUUUUCCCUUUUUUUUUUUUUCAUCUCUUACGUAUGGUACGUGUCUCGUGCAGCACAUGGUAUGGUAUAGGUACUCUCUGCAGUACCUACCACUUCUCCUUUCCUUCUUGGCACCGUCGUCAUCAUCAUCGUCGUGGUCGUGGUUGUUGUUGUUGUUGUUGUUGUCGUUCCACAACAGAAGUAUGUCUUUCACGUGCUUCGAUCGCCGAUCAGUAGCUCUGCAUGUAGCUGUGGCUGUAACGUAAAAAUCUCGAUCUUGGAUGCCGCGUGACCACGAAAAUUUUUUACGAGUUUUUUUUUUAUAUUUUAGUAAUCGUAAUUACACUUACGAACGCGAGAUUAUGAUCCUUAGCUAAUUAUUAUUGGUCGUUUUUCGUAUACUUACUCGAAUAGUGUGAUAUUAGACGAAAGGAAAAAAAAUGUGUUUCAAUAAUUUACCCACUGUUUUAGUUCUAGUGUGCGCUAUUACCGCGGCACGGAUUAUUUUAGCCAACGCCAGUAUCUACACCAUGUUUCAGUAUAUAACGAAAUAUUACCGCGAUAUUUUCCAACUGCACGUCGGCGUAACCCAAGACGAACGAUACAUUCGUAAAGAGUACGAUUUCAUUGUGAUAGGUGCCGGCUCCGGCGGAUCUGUGGUGGCCAAUCGUCUCACCGAAGUACCAGAAUGGUCCGUACUGCUGCUGGAAGCCGGCCGAGAGGAGAUCUUCCUCACCGAUAUACCCUUACUGGUGAGCUACAUCAUCGGCACCGAUUUCAACUGGGGCUACAAGACCGAACGUAAUUCGCAAUUUUGCCAAGGAAUGAAGGGUAAAAGAUGCAAUUGGCCUAGGGGUAAAGCAAUGGGAGGCACUAGCGUCAUCAACUACAUGGUCUACACCAGAGGCUUCCAAAGCGACUACGAUAACUGGGAAAAGCUCGGCAACUAUGGCUGGGGUUUCGACAAAGUGCUGCCCUAUUUCCUGAAAUCAGAAGAUAUCGGCGUAGCCGAGCUAUUCGACUCGCCUUAUCAUUCACGCGGAGGGUAUCUCAAAGUUCAAAGGUCCAAGUGGAAAUCACCCAUAGCGCCGGUCUUUUUGGACGCGUGUCGCGAAAUGGGUUACAAUAUCUCCGAUCCGGAUAGUCCGUACCCGUUGGGAUGCUCUUACGUGCUGGCUAAUACUGAAAAUGGUGCUCGAUGCAGCGCCUCGAAAGCUUUCCUCAGACCGAUUCGUAAUCGUAAGAAUCUGCACGUCAGCAAAGAAGCCAGAGUGACCAGACUGCUGAUUGAUCCGAAAACCAAACGAGCGUACGGUGUGGAAUUCGUCAAAGACCGCAAACGUUACUUGGUCAGAGCUCGUAAAGAAGUUAUAUUAUGUGCCGGAGCGUUGAAUUCGCCUCAGCUUUUAAUGCUGUCCGGUAUAGGUCCUCAGGAGCAUCUCCGCGAGCUCGACAUCCCCGUCAUAGAGAACCUGAGAGUUGGAUACAAUCUGCAAGAUCACGUAUCGAUGGCUGGAUUAGCCUUCUUAGUCAACGAUAGCGUUACCAUAGUCGAAGACAGGUAUCGUCAUCCUAGAUACAUCCUGGAUUACCUGCUCGAAGGAACCGGCCCUUACACCAUUCCCGGAGGAGCCGAAGCCAUAAUGUUCACGAGGACUAAAUAUUGCGAAGAAGCCGAUCCCAGGUUGCCCGAUAUGGAGCUAGUAUUCGGUCCCGGAGCGCUGACCGGUGAUACCGGAGGAUCCCUCAAAGAAAUGUUAUCCAUAGACGAUGCGCUGUAUAAAGAAGUAUAUAAGCCUUUUUUGGGCAAAGAUGCUUGGAGUUUGGUUCCGGUUCUGCUCAGACCUAAAAGCAAAGGAUAUCUUAAACUCAGAUCCAAGAAUCCCUUCCAUCCGCCGUUAUUUUAUCCGAAUUAUUUUCAAGAUGAACGAGAUCUGUACACGUUGGUCGAAGGAAUCAAACAGGCGAUUCAACUCAGUAAAACGGACAACUUCCAGAGAUACGCCAGUACCCUGCUAUCGACUCCAAUCGCAGGCUGUCGUCAUCUACCUUUCAACACCGAUUCGUACUGGAUGUGCGCCUCUCGACACAUUACCACAAAUUUACACCAUCAAGUUGGCACUUGUAAAAUGGGUCCCGAUGGAGAUCCCGAAUCGGUCGUCGAUCCUGAACUACGCGUCAGAGGAAUAACCGGUUUAAGAGUAGCGGACGCUUCGAUCAUGCCGGUCAUUCCUGCCGGACAUACAAACGCCGUUGUGUUCAUGAUAGGGGAAAAAGCUGCCGAUAUGAUCAAGGCCACUUGGUUAGGCAAAUCAGGAGCGGACUCUGAACUAGAUGUUGCGCAUCCUCCUAUCGGUGAUUCUUAUUCCAGCAAUGAAAUACCAACUUACAGGAGUUAUAGGCAGAUGGCAGAUUUCGGUUGGAUGUUUAAUUGAAAUUUACCAAGGUAGGGGUUCUUUUUCGAAGCAGGGGGUAUAUUCUCAUCCUGCAAAACGUUAUGUGGGGAGCUUUGUUAUUUUUUAAAUUACCUGUUCGCUUAGGGAACUGGAACUCGAGAGUGUAAAUUUUUCAACGUAUUUUUGUGCUUGGAAAUCACUCGUAUAGACCUUCCUGUAAAUUUUACAUACCUAAUGCCUACGAAAGCGAAGCUUUCAGACUGAUUGAUUUUUUUACUUACAUAUAGAUAGGUAUUUUGUUAUUUUUUACUGCCUCUAAAAUGCUAUGGGGUAAGUUCCUGUGUCGCAGAAUACAAAAAAAAUCAAAUUUUUAUAUUGAAUUUAUUUUUAUACGAUAUCUUUAAAAUCAGUAGUUUUUGAUAAGUACCUACCUAAUUUGAUAAACGAUGUAGAAAAAUUUCACGGAAGCGCAGUUUUGGUUGUGGUUUUUUGUGAAGCAUAUUGUUGGACACUGUGUCUAAAUCAGGCUUAAGCUAGAUACGAGUACUAAAAUAUGCUUACUGAUUGAAUUGCCCACAAAUUGUAGCAGGCAUAUCAAUCGCUAUUCUGUUCUGUUCUGUCGGGACUAAUUUGUUGAGGCGCGAGACGCGUGCUCCAUGCUCCAUCUUUCAUAUUUUCGCUGUUCCGGUCUACCGAGCACGAUAAUUUUGACACGGAGUACGCGUUUGCUUUCGAUUAAUUUUAAAUCUAUGUUAAUGAUCUCUACGUAUAAGUUUUAGUUAUAUCUAUAUAGGUACUUGUACAUAGUAUGUAAGAGAAUUAUAAGUAGGUGUAAGAAUUACGAAAAGAAAAAAUAUCUAAGUUAUUGUAAUCUGUAUAAAAAUUCAGAUUCCUGCGCAAUGACUGCGUUGAGAGGUGAUAAUAAUCUCAAGUACCUAAAGAGUUGCCAUAUGUGCUCAAUUUUGAGCUAAAUUAUGAUAAGAAAUUUUGCACCGACGAGACUUCAUUACACGAUAAAUUAAUAAUAUUGCGUAGAUUUAUGACGUAUGUUUAAUGAAUUUAACCUAUUAGGUGGCUUCUGAACCUACCCAUGGAUAUGUUGAAUAGGUACCUUACAAAGUGUUGAUGCUAAAGGAAUGUCUUAUUGAGAUAUUUUUUUUAUUGGCAAAAAAAAUUGUUGAUCCAGACAAUGCUAAAUUGAAAGAGCAUACAGAAAUACCAAAACAUUGGGUGCUAAAAAAAAUGUUUCAGUCAUUUUUGGCGAAUUUUUAAAAAUCAAAAUCACACCAAAUUAACUUAGGAAACUGAAAUUUAGCCAUUUUCAACACUCCAAAUUAAUUUGAAGCUGUUUUAAACUGUUUAUGAGCUGUUCUGGAGCCUCCAGCAUUGAAAAAAAUCACAAUUCUAAAUUUUCAGUCCAAUAUUGUAAGAACGUGGAAAUUUUUACGAAUAAAUUGUGGCCUUGAAACUAUUCACACAAAUCUUGACAUUUUAUAAAUUAUCUUGAGAAUUGGCAACAUUGCUGGAAAAUUGAUUGAAACGAGCUGUACCUACAUAAUACUCGAACUACCGACCUAACUCGUAUAUUAAUUUCUGCCAGUGUUAGACAAUUCUGGAAGAAUGCCUAGCUAAAUUCCAAGUGAUGGUAGGCCCACCUAUAACGAGUUUUGAAAACGCGAAUCGACAAUUUUACUACGGAAUUUUAUAUGUACCUACAUUUUGUUUUGUUGCCAACUAAUUCUAGGAAACGUAUCUGGAAUGAAUUUUAUAUGUAUGAGAAAAUUAUACAAACUAUUCAUGGAAAGAUUUUCGUAGAAACAUAGACAUACCCAUUUUUUGCCAUCACAGAGGUAUCAACAGUAUUACAAAAGAUGUAAAAAAAAAAAAUGAAAAUUUAAUGUGAAAAAAAUAUUUAACCAUGAUCCACGAGUAUCAGAUAUAGGUAUAGGUGAAUAAGACGUGCAGUAAAGACAGAAAAAUGGUAGGCUAAUAUUAUUAAUGCGUGAAUUUUUCGUUUUACAAAUAGGCUUAAUUUUAUAAGAUAACAAUAAUUAUUCUAGUCAUGUUGUUGAUAUUAAUUUAAAUAAAUAUUAAUUAUCGACGAUUAAAA